AUGGGCGUAGGCGUUUUACAACAGUACCGGGACCUGCUUCCGGUGAAUGAAGAGACACCCAUUUUUUCGAUGGGCGAGGGCGAUACGCCGCUAGUGCGGUCCCGUCAACUGGGGCCCGAGUUGGGUUGCUCCGACCUCUUCUUCAAACUGGAGGGCUGCAAUCCGACCGGAUCGUUCAAAGACCGGGGCAUGGUGGUGGCGAUGGCCAAAGCGUUGGAAGAACGCAGCGUUGGCGUCAUGUGCGCCUCCACCGGCAAUACGAGCGCGUCGGCCGCAGCCUACGCCGCGUAUUGCAACCUGGCCGCCUGGGUGCUGAUUCCCAAGGGCGAAGUGGCGCUGGGCAAGUUGGCGCAGGCCAUGGCGUACGGAGCCCGAAUACUCCUGGUAGACGGCAAUUUCGACGCGGCCCUGGCCCUGGUGAGGGAGUUCACCAAGACCAAUCCGAUCACCCUGGUCAACUCAGUCAAUCAGCACCGCAUCGAAGGGCAAAAGACCGCGGCAUUCGAGAUAUCCGACGUGCUGGAAGACGCGCCGGAUUACCUGUUCAUUCCGGUGGGAAACGCGGGUAAUAUCACGGCGUACUGGCGCGGCUUCGUCGAGUAUCACCAGCUUGGCCGGAACGAAAUUCUGCCCAAGAUGAUGGGUUUCCAGGCGGAGGGGGCUGCGCCGAUCGUACGCGGCGAGCCAGUCCCGUAUCCGCAGACGAUUGCGUCGGCCAUACGCAUCGGGAACCCGGCGAGCUGGAAAUUUGCGGAGCGGGCGCGUGAUCAGUCGGGAGGCGUCAUCGACGCGGUAAGCGACGACGAGAUCCUCGAGGCAUACCGGUUGCUGGCCUCGCGAGAGGGCAUAUUCGGGGAACCGGCGUCGGCCGCCUCGGUCGCCGGCCUGAUCAAAUUGAAACACAACGGACUGGACCUGACCGGGAAACGGGUGGUCUGCAUCAUAACGGGCAGCGGGCUGAAAGACCCGGACAUGGCUGUCAGCAGCGCCCAAGCCGACACGGUUGAAGUCAAGCCCAAUCUGGAGGCCAUCGAGAACGCCAUAAUGGAAACGCUGCCCGCCAGAUGA